AUAAAACAUCUUCUUUAAUUAAAAUGUAUUAUUGUGACUUCCUGAGAUUCAGUUUACCCUGUGCUUGUCUUUAGAUAAUGCAAGCAGGAGUAAGUGAGUGUCAAGGAGACCCAUGCUUUAAUUGCAUUGUCAUUCAUUCCUGGGUAAAAUGGAGGUUCAUAAAUUCAAUGUAAAUGCCAGCGCUGAUCAAUAACUCCUGUCAGUGGAAGAAUUUGUGUCCAGCCAUGAGCACCGACAUCUGCCCUGAGGAGGUUUCAUUUGACUGUGUUUCAGAGUCUGAAUUAACUGGGAGUCACAGCACAGCACUUGCUUUAACUGGCUUCGCUGAAUCUGAAAGCAGAGGGAUAUUGAGAGAGAGAGAGGGGAGAGAGAGAGAGAGAGAAAAGAAGAGAGAGAGAAAUCCCAGUCAGAUCCAGUGUCCACGAGUUUGAAUAGCUGAGUCUCUCCAAGCAGCAUGGUCCUCAUUGCAUUUGGAUUGCAUUUCCAGCUCCUCUUCAGCUAUGUAUUAUCUCAGUCCUCCUUCAUGGACAACAUCUUCUCAUUUCCAGCAGCGCUCAAACCUUUGGAACAUAAGAAAAGAAGUCCUGGCAAUAUAUGUUGUCUUUUAAUGCCUCCACCACCACUAUCCCCUCCACCUCCUCCAUUGCAGCGAGAACGCAGGAGUCAGAAUGAAGAAAAGAAAGUAGAUGAAGAAAAAAAUAUGAAUAUCUGUAUGCCAGGUCCUGCAGGGCCCUCUGGGCCAGCUGGACCACAGGGUGUACCAGGACUUCCAGGUGUAAUGGGACCAAAGGGGGAGAAAGGAGAAAUUGGCAGACCUGGAUCAAAGGGAAGAACAGGUCCACCAGGUCUCCCAGGAAAGCAAGGCCCACCAGGGUGGUCAGGACCAAAUGGGCCUAUGGUCAGUAUAGGUGAAAAGGGAGAUCCAGGGCUAAUGGGACUGCCAGGUAUAAGAGGACCAAUGGGCCCCAAGGGUCUGCCUGGAUUUAAAGGAGAGAAGGGAUCGAGAGGAGAAAGAGGGGAAUCAGGCUGGAAAGGAGAGAAGGGCAACAUGGGUUAUCCUGGUAUGCUGGGACAGAAGGGAGAAAUGGGUCCUAAGGGAGAGCCUGGGAUAGUAGGUCACCGCGGUCCGACCGGAAGACCUGGAAAGAGGGGGAAACAAGGAGUAAAGGGUAACACUGGUGCUUCAGGACCACUAGGCCCUAUGGGUCCUCCUGGUCCUGCUGGGCACCCAGGCCCACCAGGACUUCCUGGAGCAGGGCAUGUCAGAGUCGGACCAAAGGGUGACAGAGGAUCUCAGGGACGUCCUGGUCAGUGUUUCUGCAACCCGCCAGUGAGCAUGAUCCACCCCCCCUAUGAGGGACCCUCCCCUGGAGCCAACUACCCCAAAGUCCCAGCGAUAUUUGUGGUGAAUAAUCUAGAGGAAUUGGAAAGGCUAAACACUGAUAAUGCGCUGGCAUUCAGUAGAGAUCAGCAGUCGCUUUAUUUCAAGGACACCGAAAAAUGGCUUCCAAUUCAGUUCUCACCCUUCCAGCGUACUGAGAACCCCCCAGAUCCCGAAGGCGUCUGUGGGGAUGGCUUAGUUCAGGAGCACAAUGGAGAGGACUGUGAUGAUGGUAACAAGGCCGUUACAGAUGGCUGCAUCAAAUGCAAAAAUGCUUAUUGUGGAGAUGGGUAUCGAUAUGAUGGAGUAGAAGAAUGUGAUGGAAAAGACUUUGGUUAUCAGACAUGCAAAUCACAUCUUCCUGGGUCUUAUGGAGAACUUAAGUGCACCUCAUACUGUUUCAUUGACUCCACAAACUGCAAGUUUUUUACAUGAAGGAAAAAACAGAAGUGUGGGUUGCAUCCCACAGUGUCAUGUACACCUGGUGCUAUUACCCAAUCAAAAAGACUGAGGCAAUGCAAAAACAAACAAAAACAAAAACUAAACAAAUUCAAACCCUCCGUUCUCUUGCUGCUGAAAGGCGUGUAGCUGAUGGGAUUUCUAUAACCCAAAUGUUCGUCCAGAAACACAUAGGACCAUUGCAUUCUGUCUUAAUAAUUCAACAAAGGAUUAAUUAUGGUUUGCUAGGUAGAACUCUGAGGCUUAGCUGAGCAUGCCUGAAGAUCCUUUCUUCAAUAGGGAUGUAACUUUCAAGGUGAAGAAGAUGAAAGUGCAGUAGUUGUGAUCCUUAAGAAAGACUUGUGUAGAUGGAACAACAUUACCUCAACUUAGAACUGUUAUAUAGACCAUUCAGGUUUUUUGGGGACUUCAGAACAUCAGUAGUCUGGGUGCUGUGUUAAUAGAAAAAUGUAUCCUUUUACUUUAAAUGUGAAGUAAUAUUUAUCGCAUCUGCAUGAAGAAUAUUCAACCAAGGCAAACGAAGUCGGCGCCUGUUCUUGUGAUAUUGUACAGUAAUAAUGCUUUAAUCAGGGAGACACAUAUCAAUCUGUUUAUCAGUUUAUUGGGUGCCAAGAUGAUAGUUAAAAAUACAAGGCUUGACUUCAUGAGGGGUUAGGGACAUAUUCAAACAUGCAAACAUUCAAAUUAUGAGAACAUUACCAAAGCUGCCAGGCAUUGCUAGGGAAUUCUCACCUGGAACAGCCAUUUUUUUUCAGGGCUAAAAUAGUUAGUCUAUAACAACCAUUUAGAUUCAGCCAGAUUAUUUAUCUGAAGAUACUAUAUAAUACAUGUAAAUAUUAGCAAAUUUAUCAGCCAUAAUAACCAAAGUGCCCAAUAUGUGGCAUAGUUAGUGAAAAGCCACCUAAUCAGAGAUUCGUACUAGCAGAUUUGCAGAUUACAAUUUGUGAAUGAGCUCCUGUGAAAAAAGCCCAUGUAAAAUCUGUGAUUGUCUAAUUGUGCACAUUUGUAUUGACUGCAACAUGUACUAUAUUUACACAGAAGAUGAAAUAACAUAUCUAGGAAUGCAUAUGCAUAUCUUUUUGACCGACAUUUGAUUCAACAGGAUAAUAGGAGCCAACAAGUAUGCUUGCAAUGUGCAUGUGCUUCAUGCAUCAGGGAUGGAAUUUAAAAUGGUUGUUUUCACUUCGUCUACCAGUAACGUGUGUAGGAAAAAUAGAUCAUAUUAAUGUAAAAUGACAUGUACAAAUGUUUUGUUUUAGUGUUUUGUAAACCGUGGUGUUAUGAUAGCUCUGCAUGUUCAUGUUAUUGGCAUUCAAAUGCCAACAGAAAUAAAAUCAGUUGACAUGAUAUCACUGUGAUUUUCUAUUAAAAAAAACAAACUAAA